GUCGGUUUUAACACGUCACAGGGCUGCAGAGUUAAAUUUGCAGGGCAGAGGCGAGGCGCUAAAACAGACACCUGAACUGGUUGAAGACUCCUCGGGACUACAGCAUGUCUGUGCAUAAAAACACGGAAGACAGUUCGCCUGUUAGGACGUCAGAGGCCACACAACACAAACAAACCCACAGACUGUAUCCAACACUGCCAAAUAGAAACAGGUUUGAGGUUUGCUUGCCACUCGGCUCCACUGGGGAAAAAAAUUGCGCAGCUGCUGAGAGUCACAAUGAGCAGAAAGACACACAGUCGGAAGAGCCGGUCAGCAGCUAUUGCACCAUGAAAGAACAGAUUCUCAUCUUGGAGCAGCAGAAUAAAGAGCUUCUUGCUAUUAACAAUAACUGGGCAAAAGAGUACAGAACAAUGGUGGACUAUUACAAGAAGAAGGUCCAGUUUUUAAAAGCAUUAAAACAAGAUGAUGUCUCUGAAGAGGAGAGAAGUGAUGAAGAAGAGAGGCCUGUCACAUUCUGUAAAAAGGAAAAGGUCCAUGAGGACACCCAGCCUGGAAAAGACAGAGUUCGAACCGAGUUACGGACUGCAGACGAGGAAAUUGAAGAGCUGCGAGCGCAGAACAAUACUCUGACCUGUAGGUGGCAGCAUCAGCAGGAGGAGAUCAAGAGGCUCAACAAGGCCUUAGAGGAAACUCUCCAGAAAUAUCAGGCUCUGAAGGACAGCAGUGAAACACUACCAAACAUCUGGGAACAUCAGGCUGAAGUCUACAAGGAGGACUUUCUGAAAGAGCGCAAGGACCGGGAGAAGCUGAAGGGGGAAAAUCUGGAACUGCAGAAGCGCUAUAGAAAGGUUCAUGACCAGCUGUGUGUCUUCAAAUCCCAGGUGACUUUGGCACACUGCUGUUCCUGCACGAGUCGACCCAAACACCCAGACAGGGAGCAGCAGCACGUCCAGCAGCAGCACGUCCAGCAGCAGCACGUCCAGCAGCAGCACGUCCAGCAGCAGCGCCGCUACACUUUCCGCAGCAAAGACUGAAUGAAACGUUUAGAGUUUGAACGAUGAUGUUUCGAUGGAUCUCAGUGGAGGAGGAGGAUCUGACAGAAGAGCCUUCAGAAGGACAACCUGCAGCAGCUUCGUGUCACUGAAGACACAGAAAAUGUUGUGCUGUCAAAACACUAUGACGGAUUCAGACUUCAAAGGAAUGUUUUAAGGCAUAUUAAUACUUAUGCAAGAAAGGAAGGAAUAGAACACAACCAUAAUUGUUUGCCUUAUCUCACAAGUAAGGAAAAGAAGCUGAAUCUAUGCAGUAAUUACAGCUUAUAGCAUCCGACUUCUUAUACACUAUUAAUAUUUAACCACUUUUAGGACCUUGCAUUUUGCUUGUACAGACUGGAAAAAGACAAAAAAGAAACUCUAGGAAGUACCUGAUGUAAUUGUUUUUCAAGAAAAAAUUUAUUUUAUACAGUAUAUUUAUUUAUUUAGGUUUGAUGGAU